CGAACAUGUAACAAAGCUCGCACGCCCGCUACAUAGAAAUGGGUGGAUGCAACUAGAUUAGCACCCUCACGCACAAUAUUAAUCACGACAAUGUCCCCUACACUCGCCUCCGCCCCUGGUAGCUGCUGCUCCUCCGGUGUAAAACACACAGGCACGCCCGUCGGCCGCAUCGAGGACCUUGGUGGGAUCCAAACAUAUAUAUCCGAUCCUCCUGCUUCUGCUACAACACAGAAAGUGAUCCUGUUCCUGUCAGACAUAUGGGGGUCGCUGUUCAUUAACAAUCAGUUGAUUCAAGAUUAUUUUGCGUCUUGCGGCUAUCUUGUCCUUGGGCCGGACUACUUCUUCGGCGAUGCGGUGCCAAACCACCCGCCUGGACGCGACCUGCAGACGUGGCUUGCGAAUGUAAAGAAACCUGCUGUCGAUGCGUUCCCCGCUUGGCUAGAGAGUGUGAAAGCAAAAUAUGGGACUGAGAAUACCAAGUACUGUGCUGUUGGGUACUGCUUCGGAGCACCAUUCGUCAUGGACUUGUGUUCUGACGGAUCCGUAGUUGCUGGAGCUCUGGUUCACCCCACAAUUAUUGAUGAAAGCCACUUUGAGAAACUUGAAGGACCUAUCCUUCUCUCCUGCGCAGAGGAUGACUUCUUAUUCCCACUCGCCUCUCGUAGGCGAGCAGAAGACAUCAUGGUCAGCCGCAAAUCCACGUAUUAUUUGCAGGUUUUUUCAGGCGUCAAGCAUGGGUUUGCUGUACGAGGUGAUCCUGACAUUGAGAUGGAGCGCUGGGCAAAGGAAGAAAGCGCUAGGGGGGUCUUGCAGUGGUUUGACCGGUUUACGGCGUUAUGACGGGUGCGGUUGUUGAGCGCCGAUCAUCGACAGCUUGAUUGCAUGUAAUGGCGGCAAACGUCUGAGGUUUAAGCUCGUAUUUGCGACACAUGAGUUACAGUGGACGAGAGUGAUCUUGUAUGAAUAGAUAGUGAGACUGUAAUUAACGAAGACAGCUCUGAACAAAGAUUCGAUAAGUGACAAAAUAUCCAGUAGUCACAAUAAG